AAUAGUUAUUUUAAAAGACAUCACAACUUGUAAAUCACAGCCAAAGCUACACAUUGUUAUUCAUUAUGAAUACUUUUAAGUUAAGUAAAGUUGAGGUGAUUUUGAAUAACUGAAUAAAAUUAGUGAAGACAUGUAUAAGUUUGCGAUAGACAGAGGCGGCACUUUCACUGAUGUGUUUGCCAUUUGUCCAACCGGUCAAAUCCAAGUGAUGAAACUUCUUAGUGAAGAUCCCGAUCACUAUAAGGACGCACCUCUUGAGGCAAUUUAUAAAAUACUUUCAUCACAAUUACCGGACAAAUAUACUAAAAGAUGUAAUAUUGAUACCAAACAUAUUGAAUGGAUUCGUAUGGGAACCACUGUGGCCACCAAUGCUCUUCUUGAGCGUAAAGGAGAACCAAUUGCCUUAGUUGUAACAAAAGGUUUUAAAGACAUCUUAGAGAUAGGAAAUCAGUCCAGAGAUGAUAUCUUUGAAUUAAAUAUUAAAAGACCACAACUUUUAUAUGAAGAAGUGAUUGAAGUCGAUGAACGAGUUGUUAUCAAACAAGAUGUCUGUCAAAUUAACAACAAAACUUGUGAAGUAGUUGUCGGUAAUACCGGUGAUUAUCUUGAAAUCUGGAAACCAAUUAAUUUACAAGUUUUAAGACAAAAUCUUGAGAAAGUGUUUGCCAAAGGCAUCAAAAGUUUAGCUGUAGUUCUUCUCCAUUCGUAUACAUUUCCAAAACAUGAAGAAUUGGUUGAAAAAGUUGCUAAAGAUAUUGGUUUUACGCAAAUUACUUUGUCAUCACAUGUCAUACCUAUGGUUAAAGUUGUACCCCGAGGACUGACCGCAUGUGCCGAUGCAUAUCUGACACCUCAUAUUAAGGAUUAUAUAAAAGGUUUUUCUUCAGGUUUUCGAAAUGGGUUACAAGAUUUGAAUGUUUUGUUUAUGCAAUCGGAUGGAGGGUUAGCUUCAGUUAAUAAAUUUAGUGGCUGUCGGUCUAUAUUGAGUGGUCCGGCAGGAGGUGUGGUUGGAUUUGCUCACACAACUUAUGAUGAUUUAGGUAAUGACUUACCUAUAAUUGGGUUUGAUAUGGGAGGCACUUCUACUGAUGUCAGCAGAUAUAGCAAUGCAUUUGAACAUACAUUUGAAACAAAAACAGCUGGAAUUACAAUACAAACUCCACAAUUAGAUAUUCAAACUGUUGCAGCUGGUGGUGGGUCUAAACUGUAUUUUCGGGAUGGACUUUUUGUUGUGGGUCCUGAGAGUGCCGGUGCAUAUCCUGGUCCAACUUGUUAUCGAAAUAAUGGGUCUCUUACAGUUACCGAUGCAAAUCUAUGUUUGGGUCGUAUUAUACCAAAAUAUUUUCCUAAAAUAUUUGGUCCUCAAAAAGAUCAACCUUUAGAUAUAAAGGAGACAAACAAUGCUUUUAUUAAAUUAACGGAUAAUAUUAAUGAAUUCUUGGAAAAAUCAGAAUCUUAUGAGAAAAAACUUUUAACUGUUGAAGAAGUAGCCAUAGGUUUUGUUAAAGUAGCCAAUGAAUCCAUGUGUAGACCAAUUCGUGCUAUAACUCAGGGCAAAGGUUACGAUACAGCUAACCAUAUACUCGCUUGUUUUGGUGGUGCAGGAGGACAACAUGCCUGUGCAAUAGCCCGUUCUCUAGGAAUGUCUAAAGUAUUUAUUCAUAAAUAUUCCGGUAUUUUAUCUGCAUUUGGUAUGGCAUUGGCUGAUGUGGUUCACGAAGAAACCAUUCCGACUUCAUUUGAAUAUAAUAUCAAAUAUUUUGAUGAAAUGGAUAAACGAAUUAUUAAUAUGAUUAAUAAAUGUAAUAAAGAACUAAAAUUACAAGAUUUUAAAGAUGAAGACAUUAAGGUUGAGAUCUAUUUAAACAUGAGAUAUGAAAAAACAGAUUUUCCUGUAAUGACUCAAACAGAUGGUCUGACUAAAGACAGUUCCCAAUUCUGUUCUGAAGAUAAUUUUAAGAACUCAUUUCUAACAUUAUAUAAACGAGAAUUUGGUUUUACUUUAUCUAAUCGUAAUAUUCUUGUCGAUGAUAUAAGAGUAAGAGGUAUUGGUUCCUAUAAUGAAUUGAAAUUUUCUCAAAAGUCAUCUGAAAAAUCCAAUUCUAUGCCUCAAUUGAUUGACGAAACUAAUUGUUAUUUUGAAUAUUUGGGACAUUUAAAAACACCUAUUUAUUUAAUGAAUGAUCUUAAAUAUGGACAUCAAAUAGAUGGCCCGGCAAUUAUAAUUGAUACAAAUUUUACUGUUUUAAUUGAACCCAACUGUAGGGCUGACAUAACUCAAAAAGGAAAUAUACUUAUAGAAGUGAAACGACUGAAACAAACAUUUUUGGGUACAAACUUAGAUCCGAUACAAUUGUCAAUAUUUUCUCAUCGUUUUAUGAGUAUUGCUGAACAAAUGGGUCGAGUCUUACAAAGGACUUCAAUCUCAACCAAUAUUAAGGAAAGACUUGAUUUUUCUUGUGCUCUGUUUGGCCCUAAUGGAGGAUUAGUUAGUAAUGCCCCCCAUAUACCCGUUCAUUUGGGGUCUAUGGGUAAAGCCGUUGAAUUUCAAUUAAAACAUUUAAAAGAUGAUUUGCAUUCAGGAGAUGUCAUACUAACCAACCAUCCUCUAGCAGGAGGCAGUCAUUUACCUGAUUUAACAGUUAUAACUCCAGUGUUUUAUUCAAAUGAUAAAAAGCCAAUAUUUUUUGUGGCCAAUCGCGGUCAUCACGCAGAUAUUGGAGGACUUACUCCAGGUUCAAUGCCACCUCACUCUACAAGUAUAUAUGAAGAGGGGGCAGCAAUAAUAUCAUUUAAAUUAGUAAAAGAUGGUGUUUUUCAAGAGAAAGGUAUCACUGAUAUAUUGAUGUCUCCAUCAAAGUAUAAGGGUUGUAGUGGAACAAGAAAUUUAAGUAAUAAUUUAAGUGAUUUAAGAGCACAGGUAGCCGCCAACCAAAAGGGAAUAAGUCUUGUAACUGAAUUAAUAGACUUUUAUGGUUUGGAUGUAAUUCAAGCUUAUAUGCGUUACAUUCAAAGUAACGCCGAUUUAUCGGUUCGACAAAUGCUUAAACAAACAGUGGAAACAUUAAAAACAAAUAAAUUAUUUGCAACCGAUUAUAUGGAUUUUGGCUCUAAAAUUGAGUUAAAAAUUGAAAUCAAUGAGACAACAGGUGAUGCAGUCUUUGACUUUACUGGAACUGAUGAAGAAGUGUAUGGCAAUUGUAAUGCACCAAAAGCUGUAGUACUUUCAGCCGUUAUAUAUUGUUUGCGUUGUUUGGUUGGACACGAUAUGCCUUUAAAUCAAGGAUGUCUGUCACCAAUACAAGUGAUAAUACCAGACAAUUGUAUUCUUUCGCCAGCAGAAGAUGCAGCAGUUGUUGGCGGAAAUGUUGAAACAUCUCAAAGAAUAACUGAUGUAAUUCUUAAAGCAUUUGGUGUUUGUGCCGCAUCUCAGGGCACUAUGAAUAACAUUACAUUUGGUGACGAAAAUAUUGGUUAUUAUGAAACAGUUGCGGGCGGUUCCGGUGCAACUGCCAUAUCUCACGGCACUACUAUUCACACACAUAUGACUAAUACUAGGAUUACAGAUAUUGAAAUAAUUGAGAAAAGGUAUCCAAUUAUUGUUCAAUCGUUUACUAUUAAUCGAGGUUCUGGAGGAACCGGUAGAUUUAAUGGAGGAAAUGGAGUUAUUCGACAACUUUUAUUUCGCAAACAACUAAUUCUGUCGGUAUUGACUGAGAGACGUGUGUUUUCUCCCUUUGGAAUGAAUGGAGGAAAUCCAGGAAAAAGAGGUAAAAAUUUGCUUAAAAUCAGUAAAAGUGGACGUACUAUAAGUCUCGGGUCUAAAACAUCAGUUGAGGUCAAUGCCGGCGAUCUCUUUCAUUUAGAAACUCCUGGAGGAGGAGGUUAUGGUCAGAGUUGUCAAUAAAUAUAAUCUAUGUAUUUUUAAAUUAUAAAUGUAU